UCCGGGCAAGGGAAGCUUCCUGAUGCCGGCCUCGACCAGACGUCUACGUUGCCAUCCGCAGAUUCGUCAGAUGCUGUUUUCCUUUUGCCGUUUUAAGACGUCCCGUCACCUGCAUUGGACCUCAGGGGCRGCCAGUGUUUCGUGUGAUUCUCCUUGGACAGGGAAACAGAGGGUCUUUCAUUUUGGAGGUCCCACCAAGAUUCCCUUCCCCCCAGUCCAGAUCCCUGCCCGAGGACCACCUGGCGUCACUGGGAGAAUUAACAUGGGGCAAUCAAUCACAACCCCUUUGAGUCUCACCCUCGACCAUUGGCAAGACGUCCGAAAUCGGGCAAAUAACCUCUCGGUAGAGGUCAAAAAGAAGAAAUGGAUAACACUCUGCACCGCGGAAUGGCCAACACUCAAUGUGGGCUGGCGUAAAGAAGGAACAUUUAACCCUGAUCUUAUAUUACAGGUGAAAUCCCAGGUUUUCAUCCAAGGUUCUCAGGGACACCCUGAUCAGGUACCCUACAUCGUUACCUGGGAGAAUUUGGCCUCUGACCCACCCCUUUGGGUCGCCCCUUUCUCUCCGCCUAAGCCUGCCCUGCGAACUCCUUCCGAAGCCCCACCUCCACCUUCCGCUCCACUUAUCCCAAUACCCGCACCCCCACCCUAUCAGCCCCAACCCGUACCGGCUCCUGAUUCCAUCCAGGUUUCCUCRGAGGAAGAGGAAGAACAAGUAGAUCCAGUCACCAAUAACCCUCCGGGUCCAUCCCCCAUGGUCGGGAGACUUCGUGRCCGCCGGGAGCCUACCGCCUCGGGAGAUACAUCUAGAGUUCCCCCCUUGCGGCACACGGGAGGCCCCAAUGGCCAAUAUCAGUAUUGGCCUUUCUCUGCCUCUGAUCUCUAUAACUGGAAAACACAUAACCCAUCCUUUUCCAGUGACCCUGUAGCUCUAACCUCUCUGAUAGAAUCUAUUCUAGUGACUCACCAGCCAACAUGGGAUGAUUGCCAGCAGCUUCUACAGACCCUUCUCACUUCUGAGGAGAAACAGAAAGUUCUCCUGGAAGCCYGUAAAAAGGUGCCAGGGGAUGACGGGCGCCCCACUCAACUCCCAAAUUUGAUCAAUGAAGCUUUCCCCUUGACUCAGCCAGACUGGGACUAUAACACUGAUGCAGGUAGGAACCACCUACGUCUCUAUCGCCAGUUACUCAUAGCGGGUCUCCAUGGAGCAGGGCGACGGCCCACCAAUUUGGCUCAGGUAAGACAGACUACACAGGGACCAGAGGAAACUCCGACUGCAUUUUUAGAGAGACUAAAGGAAGCCUAUCGGAGGUACACACCUUUUGACCCCGACAGUGAGGAUCAGAGGGGAAACAUUUCUAUGGCCUUUAUUUGGCAGUCCGCUCCAGAUAUUAGGACUAAGUUACAAAGAUUAGACAACUUACAAGAUUUUUCUCUAGCAGAUUUAUUGAGAGAAGCAGAAAAGAUUUUUAACAAAAGAGAGACUCCAGAGGAAAAGGAGGAAAGAAUCAGGAAAAUGCAGGAGGAAAGAGAUCUCAAAUUUAAGGAAGAAUUAGACAAGAGAGAUCGGAAGCGUAAUAAAGAAUUAAGUAAAAUAUGGGCCACUGUAGCUCAGGCAGGGCAACGAGGAGGUAAGACAGGCAAGGAGAGGGAACGAGGCAGACCCCGUGUAGACCGAGACCAAUGUGCCUACUGCAAGGAAAGAGGACAUUGGGUAAAGGACUGCCCAAAGAAACCCCCCAACCCCAGAAGAGGUACAAACCGGACCCCUCAAUUGCUAGCCUUGGAUGAAGAUUAGGGGAGUCAGGGCCAGGAGCUCCCCCCUGAGCCCCGGGUAACUCUGCAAGUAGGAGGGCAACCUGUGACCUUCCUAGUGGAUACGGGAGCCCAACACUCGGUGCUAACACGGGUGCCACCGGAAGCAAACCGUACCGAUGGACCACCAAAAGAGAAGUACACCUUGCCACAGAUAAAGUUUCCCAUUCGUUUCUGCAUGUGCCUGAUUGUCCGUAUCCACUACUAGGAAGAGACUUAUUGAUCAAAUUGAGAGCCCAAAUUUAUUUUAAGGAUGGGAGUGCCUCCGUCACAGGGCCAAACCAGGCCCCCUUACAUGUACUGACUUUCAAAUUAGAAGACGAAUAUAAACUUUUUGACAAACCUUCUGUACCUAUGAAGGACAUGGACUAUUGGCUUGRUUCCUACCCGGAGGCCUGGGCUGAAACUGGAGGAAUGGGAAUGGCUAAACAACAACCUCCGAUAGUCAUUCACCUAAAAACCACUGCUACUCUCAUAAAUAUUAAACAAUAUCCUAUGUCAAGGGAAGCUCACCAGGGCAUCAGACCACAUAUCA